AUGGCCUUCCGAGGAGAGUGGAGGGUGAGGCUCCAGCAGCACCAAGGUCAAGAGGCAUUAUUAAAGCAAGCUUGCAGAUACUUUUCGACAGAACAGAUUGCAGGGGUGAUACCUCAAGCACCAAUAGUAGUAGAAAGAGAAAGAAAGCCCCCACUAGAGAAGCUUAGAAAGUAUGGUGCGAAGGAAUUCAAUGCCAGUAAGGAUGAUAGUCCAGAAAUAGCUGAGUAUUGGUUAGAUGGGACAUCGAGAGUCCUGGAACAAUUACAGUGUACACCAGAGGACAAAUUGAUUUGUGCUACAUCACUGCUGAUAGAUGAAGCAUAUACAUGGUGGACUAUUGUUCAGCAGCGAGUAUCAACAGAGCAGCGUACAUGGCAAUUCUUUUUGGACGAAUUCAAGAAGAAGUUUAUCACAGAGGCUUAUCUUGAUGCCAGAAGAAAGGACUUCUUAUAUCUUCGACAGAACAGACUGUCAGUGUCAGAGUAUGAAAGAGAAUUUACCAGGCUCAGCCGGUAUGGUAAGGGGAUAGUGGCUACAGAAGCCGAGAGGUGUAAAAAGUUUCAGGAAGGCGAACGAUGA